UCUUCAUCUUCAGACUUUGUGCAGUUUAGAUUUUAACAUUCAAUCCUUUCUACUGAAAACAAGUCGACCAAAGGACAGCAGCUCCUUCUCAACUGAUCUUUCUCCACCAACUCUACGCUAUAAAGGAGGCUGGGACAAAGGCAGCAGACGUCAACCCAACUCAGCUCACAGAGAGGGACAUCACCAUCCAAGGAGGGCUAUAUACACUUACAAGGUGAGGAUGACAUCCACAGCAGAUCGACUGGCCCGUCAGCAGGACAGGGAACAAGGCAUUGGCACAAACAAGAAAGCAGUGAAGCUCUUCCAGCAGGAUUAUGAGACUCUGCACGAGCAGUGUUUGAAGAGUGGAUGCCUGUUUGAGGACAACUGUUUCCCAGCUGAGCCCACAUCACUGGGCUACAAGAAGCUGGGACCAGGCUCAGAAGAAACCAAGGGGGUUGUUUGGAAAAGGCCAAAGGAGCUGUGCUCAAACCCACAGUUCAUUGAUGAUGGAGCCACAAGGAUGGACAUUUGCCAAGGAGAGCUGGGUGACUGCUGGCUUCUGGCUGCAAUAGCCAGUCUGACUCUACACCAGCAGAUCCUGGCUCGCGUGGUGCCCCAGGAACAGAGUUUUAUUAAAGGUUACGCCGGGAUAUUUCACUUCCAGUUCUGGCAGUUUGGUGAGUGGGUGGAUGUGGUGAUCGAUGACCGUUUACCCACAAGAGAUGGAAAGCUGCUGUUUGUUCACUCAGCUUUGUGCUCAGAGUUUUGGAGCGCGCUGCUGGAGAAGGCCUAUGCCAAGUUGUAUGGCAGCUAUGAGGCCCUGAUAGAAGGAAACACUACUGAGGGUUUUGAGGAUUUCACAGGAGGGAUUGCAGAAAUAUACUACAUAGAAGAAACUCCACCAAAGCUCUUCCAAAUCAUGCAGAAGGCCCUGAGCCUGGGUUCAUUGCUUGGUUGCGCUAUUGAUAACACCAGUGCCGAGACAGAGGAAUUUAAAGCACUCACACUUGAAAAGGACCAUGCAUACUCAGUCACUGGUGCAGAGGAGGUUCAUUUCCAAGGCGAGCCAGUUCAGCUGGUUCGCAUGAGGAACCCAUGGGGUUAUAAGGAGUGGACUGGGCCUUGGAGUGAUGAGUCCAGUGAAUGGAACCAUAUCAGCAAAGAUGAGAAAUCAAAGUUGAACCAUGCGGCUGUUGAUGGAGAAUUCUGGAUUUCCUAUUCAGACUUUAUCAAGCAGUUCACCCAGCUGCAGAUCUGUAACUUGACCCCAGACACGCUCAUGAGUGAUGAAGUGGGCCACUGGAACCACUACCAGUUUGAAGGGACGUGGAGGGAGGGCUCUACUGCAGGCGGCUGCCGCAAUUUCCCAGAAACAUUCUCGUCCAACCCUCAGUUUGUGGUGCGCCUGGAGGAUGUGGAUGAUGAUCCCCUGGAUGGGAAGGAUGGAUGCACCAUUCUGGUUGGGCUUAUGCAAAAGGAUGUCCGACAGCAGAAGAGGCUCGGCCGCAACCUUGAGUUCAUUGGCUUUGCCAUUUAUAAGGUCCCAGAUCAGUACAAAGGCCAAAACAAUGUUCACCUGGGUCCAGAUGUGCUGCUGCGACAGAGCCCUGUGGCCGAGAGCUCCUUCACCAACAUACGGGAAGUGUGCGACCGCUUUAAACUUCCUCCAGGAGAAUAUGCCAUUGUUCCCUCGACCUUCCAGCCUGACAAGAAUGGCAGCUUCCUUCUCAGGGUGUUCUCUGAGAAAAAGGCUGCAGCCAGUCCACUGGAGGAUGACAUUGACAUUCAAAUAGAGGAGGAGGAGCUAUCUGAGAGCAAAUAUCAAAGCUAUCCUCAUUUCAAGGAGCUCUUCAAGCAGACUGAUGGCAAUGACAUGGAGGUAUCGGCCUUUGAACUGGUUGAAAUUUUGAACAAAGUUUUCUCUCAGCGGUCUGAUAUCAAGACAGAUGGCUUCAGCCUGGAGACAGGUCGCCUUAUUGUCAGUCUGCUAGAUAAAGAUGAAAGUGGCAAAUUGGGGCUGAUGGAAUUCAACUUGCUUUGGAGCAAAAUCCAGAAAUACCUGGUAAGUUGUCAUUUAUGCAAUGUAUGAAUAUGAAAUGAGUUUUGGUUGUUAUACCUGGU